AGGCAAAAAGCGCUUUGCAUCCUGAUCUCCCUGGCAGAUAGCUCUAGCGAGAGAUCGACGUGCUGCUUGGAUCAAUCGUAGCCGGCCGGGUGCCAUGGGUCGCGGGAAGAUCGAGAUCAAGAGGAUCGAGAACUCUACGAACCGGCAGGUCACCUUCUCCAAGCGCCGGGGCGGGCUGCUCAAGAAGGCCAACGAGCUCGCCGUGCUGUGCGACGCGCGCGUCGGCGUCGUCAUCUUCUCCAGCACCGGCAAGAUGUUCGAGUACUGCAGCCCUGCCUGCAGCUUGAAGGAGCUGAUUGAGCAGUAUCAGCACGCUACCAACACCCACUUUGAGGAGAUGAACCAGGAUCAGCAAGUAUUUGUGGAGAUGACGCAGAUGAAGAACGAGAUGGACAAGCUGGAGACGGGCAUCAGGAGGUACAGCGGCGACGACCUCUCCUCCCUCACCCUCGACGACAUCAACGACCUCGAGCAGCAGCUUGAGUACGCCGUCAACAAAGUUCGCGCAAGAAAGCAUCAGCUCCUGAACCAACAGCUUGACAACCUGCGUCGCAAGGAGCACAUCUUGGAAGACCAGAACACCUUCCUGUACCGAAUGAUCCACGAGAACCAGCAGGCGGCGCUGGGCGCCGAGGUGAAGCUGGGGGAGAUGGCGCCGCUGGCGAUGCUGCCGCCGCCGGCGUUCGGGGCGCCGCACCCCGGCUGCUACUACGGCGGCGAGUCGUCGAGCACGGCGCCGCAGCUGCACCCCGACGUCGGGUUCCGGCUGCAGCCGGCGCAGCCCAACCUGCAGCAGGACCCGGCGUGCGGCGGCCUCCAUGGCCACGGCCUGCAGCUGUGGUAAGCCGUCAGCCCAGCACCGCCAUGCACACAUCUGAUCAAUCAGAUGAACUGUCCAUGGGGAAGGAGAAGACUAUCAUGCAUGGCGGAAGAGGAGUCUGGGUGUUCUUCAGAGAGCUCAUACAUAUCAGUGUUGGCAUCUGAAAAGAUAUACAUAUGUAUGUAGCAGUGUAUCUGGGUAAUUCAGUUGUGCGUCUAAGAUAUAGCAGCCUGAUUGGUUGGACAUGACGAACCUGGUGUGAUUGAGCUAGUAGGUUUGUGAACCCUGUCAGUGCAAUGGUAAUAAUAAUAACAGUAAUU